AUGGCGGCAAACGGUCUCUACAACAUCUACCGUCUGGCUCUCCCCGUCGCCACGGGCGCCCUGAUCUUCAACAACUCUAUUUACGACGUUCGUGGUGGUUCCCGCGCUGUCAUCUUCGACCGGUUGUCUGGUGUGCAGGAGAAGGUCGUCAACGAAGGAACCCAUUUCCUUAUCCCCUGGUUGCAGAAGGCGAUCGUCUACGAUGUUCGAACUAAGCCCCGUAACAUCUCCACUACCACCGGAAGUAAGGACUUGCAGAUGGUCAGCUUGACACUGCGUGUUCUCCACCGUCCUGAGGUCCCGAAGCUGCCGGCCAUCUACCAGUCUUACGGUACCGACUACGAUGAGCGUGUUCUCCCCUCCAUCGGUAACGAGGUCCUCAAAGCCAUCGUCGCCCAGUUCGACGCCGCCGAGCUCAUCACCCAGCGUGAAGCUGUCUCGAACCGUAUCCGCACAGACCUCAUGAAGCGUGCAGCACAGUUCAACAUCGCCCUGGAAGAUGUCUCGAUUACACACAUGACCUUCGGAAAGGAAUUCACCCGCGCCGUAGAGCAGAAGCAGAUCGCCCAGCAGGACGCCGAACGGGCCCGUUUCAUCGUCGAGAGAGCCGAGCAGGAACGUCAGGCCAACGUUAUCCGUGCGGAGGGUGAAGCCGAGAGUGCCGAUAUCAUCAGCAAAGCCGUCGCCAAGGCCGGUAGCGGUCUUAUCGAGAUCCGUCGUAUUGACGCCAGCAAGGAAAUUGCGCAUACACUAUCGACCAACCCGAAUGUCACGUAUCUCCCUGGUAAUGAUGGCAAGGAAGGUGGUAAGAACACCAGCCUUCUUCUGGGCCUGAGGAGCUAG